UAACGUUUAAGAUUAUUUAUUUUGAAUUACGAAACAACCAAAACAUUAUGUAAAAAUGCUUCAUCUUAUGUUAAAAAAAUUAUAAACUGCAUAGCAACAAAGUAUGACAUCAUACCAUUAGUUUCAGUUACUAAUAACAACACGUGCACGCGUUUGAACAGUCAUCGCAGCCAUAGUUGUUUCAUAGCUACCAAAAUCAUUCAACGUUGUCAAGAAUUAUUCCAAAUUAUGUUUUGCCAUUUUACUCAAUGCGCCACUCCGUUAACACAACAUUUUAUAAAUUCUGAACUACGAAUGUCAGUGGGAAUGUACACUAUACUGUACAUUCCAUUCUGAUACGCUUUAAGAAAUUUCUGUAGUUUUCUUAUUAUUAAAACUUAAUUUUUGAUGUUGGCAUCUUUUAACCGCACUUUUUUUUUUUUUCGGUGGCCGUACUCCUCCAAUUCAGUUGCGCCCGCCCGUAUCUAAGCGCUCGGAUUUCAACAAAAGGCACCGCCUCUCGAUAGAGUGAAACAGAGAAUUACGCGCACGACCUUGAAAAAAGCGACGCUACAGCGCUCUGGCGUGGAAGCUGGUAACUACGAGUACCCUCUUGUGGAAAGAAGAGCUGUCUAGCGGCGGAGCUAACAACUACCUCAGUUUUGGAUCCGAAAAUUGGAAUAAUAAAUCCUAUCCCCUCGCGACUUCUAUAAGUUAUAUAUAUUCAAUGGUUUUACCAAGUAUCUGAGGAAAUAUUUUUCCUCUGUCGGUCGUUCAGUUUGGUCCCGGCCCUGCUGGCGACCCGAACGUCUUUCUACACGUCGACCCGCGCGGAGAUAACGUCGUUAUCAGCACGCGUCGUUUCGCUUCCUUCUUCCCCCCCCCCUCUUCUUCACGACCACAAUCCCCCAUCCCUUGUUUCCGUAGUGGCUUCCCGGCCGAGAUCUCAGUUGCGCGCGGUUUGUUCCGGAGUUGGGUUGGGCUACGAGGAGUGCGACGUUAUCUCAGUCUUUCCACGUCUGAACGAGAGCAUUUUAUUUGCGAACCACAGCGGGAAAAUAUAGACGCGGGCUAGAGGGAGGAAGGGUAAUCGAGCCGGAGUGACGGCGCUGCAGCAGCAGGGGCGCAGGCGAAAGAGAGAGAGAGAGAGAGAGGCAUGGCGGCCAAGGUGGACCCCAGCGACCCGGGAGUGCGCCGGCUCGUGUACAACAUGUACCGCGGCAUGCUCAGCAACUACAACGACCAGGCCAACAGCAUCGUGGGCGCCCUGCCGCGCGACCGGGUGCGCGAGGACCAGGGCGUGGCGCGCCGGCUCGAGGAGAUGAUACGGCAGUCCAGCCAACUGUCCGGAGGUGGAACUCCCAGCCCAGGAGUGCCAACAGGCUCGCCAGGUGAUGGCGCGGCAGUGAGCGCCGCCCCCGCCUUCCCCCCGCCACCGCCGCCGCCGCCGCCGGGCCCCAGCUGCCUGCCCACGGUCCGGCUCAGCUCUGAGAUCCCGGACUCCAGGGGCCAGCCGCGCGAGCCGCCGGCCGCCAUCCAGAACGCCAUGAUGACCAAGGACAAGAAGCCGUUCACGUACACGCCCGGGGGACUCGACCUGUCGCAGAUCCGCAGCCCGGGCAUGCAGCGCCGCCUCACGCGCAACGCCAACAGCGAGGGAGUCGGCGACCAGCCGCAGGGCGGACCGCGGCCCGCGUCGCUGGCCCCCGGCUCGCUGCCGCCAUCUGCGGUGGCGGCCAUGCAGCCGCAGCUGCCGGUGGCGGUGUUCCCCACGGGGCCGCCCCCGCCGCCGCCCGCCCCCACCAUGGCCGUGCCCAAGAAGAGCGUCUCAAGGACCCCGUCCAGCGCCGGCCCCGCCCCCGUGCAGUCGGCCCCGCAGCCGCCGCCUCCGCCGCCGCCAUCGGUGGGCGGCGAGCCUGGCAGCCUGUACGUGCCGCCCGUCGCGAACCGAGCCCAGGUGGGCGCCCUAUACAUCCCGCCGCUGAGCGACAGCGCCGGUCCGCGGACGCAGCCGCCACAGCCGCCACAGCCGCAGUCGGCCAGUCCCGGGUCGCCGCUGCCCUACGUGAACCUGCAAAAGGCUCCGACACCGUGGCUCGGCCAGAAGCAACAGCAGCAAGCGCCGGUCCCUGCGUGGGUCAACCGGCCCGUAGAACCGCCGCAGCCACCCCAGCCCCAGCAGCCGCAGCAGCCGCAGCAGCAGGGGACCAGGAUAAUACCAAUUCAGGUGGAGGGUCGUGAGCCACCGAAGCAAACGAGCCAGCAACAACAAAAGCAGCAGCAGCCAGCAAACACAAGGGUGAUCCCCAUCGCGGUGGAAGGCAGCACACAACAGCAGUACCAGAACCAACAGCAGCAGUACCAGAACCAACAGCAGCAGUACCAGAACCAGCAGCAGUACCAGAAUCAGCAGCAGUACCAGAACCAGCAGCAGUACCAGCAGUAUCAGCCUCCACACCAAUACCAACCCCAGCAGUACCAGCCACCGCAGCAGCAACAACAGCAGCACGCACCCCAACAGCGUAGACCUGUGUACGUCCACAACAAGUUCAACCCCCCGGCUUCACCCCAGUCGCCCACAGGCAUUCAGCAGAGCUCGCCUGACUGCACCAGCCCGCUCCAGGGGCAGCAGCCGGCCUGGGGCCCGGGGGGCGGCGCCCCCAUCCAGUCGCGCUCCUUCCGGGUGCUGCAGAAGAUCACAGACACUGACAACGAGGGAGCAGUGGAGGGGGAGGGUGCCCCCACUCAGCAGAUGCGGAAGCUGCAGUUGACGGAGGAGGACCGCGACCUCAUGAACAAGUUCAAGGCACAAGUGGACGACGAGCAUUACCUGCACAACGAGAGUGACCCUCGCUACCGCGGGGCCUCCAUCCCGUCGCGGGCUUUUCGCAUGCUGCAGACCAUGACAGACACCGCCGACGACCAUGUUCCGCGUGCUGCCGGGACCCAGGGCAACCAGCCGCGACCCUUGUCAUCCCAGUUCUCGCCAGGUGCAGAGGAGGCGCCACAGCCGUAUGUGCCUCCGUCGCAGCAGCAGGUGACGGAGCCCAGGAAGUACACAGGGGGAGCCAUCCCGUCUCGCUCCUUCAGGAUCCUGCAGGCCAUGACGGCCUCCCCGGAUGACCCUGGUGCAGGGCAGUCUGACAUGUGAGGCUCCGCGUCCCACGCCCGCUGCCCGAGGCAGGAACUGCUGGCAUGAAACUCGGCAGUUUGUAGACGACUCUCAAGCUUUUUCGCCCCCUUAACUGUAAAAAAAAAAAAAAUUGCUGUGCUUCUACAUAGAUAUUUAUUCUUAAAAUAUUAUUUUCUUUGGGCUUUCCUCACUGAUUUAUCAGUUUUGUUUAUUGUAUUGAAAAGCUUCCUUUUCCUCUCUUUCCCAGACUGUAAUUCUGUACAUAAAGUGUGUUAGUUCAAUUUUUUAAUAGUGGACACCUCUCUGUUUUCCGCUGUCUGCAUUUUUUAUUUUGUGUAGUUUCAUAUAAGUUUAUAUUAUUUUUACUGUCAAGAUACAUAAAGCUAUGAAGAAAGAUAUUUGAUAGCUCAAACAUUACGUAUUGUACAUUAAUUAUAGGUUGCGCAAACUUUAAUUUUGAAUAUUUUUAUAGCAGCCUUAUUGUGUAACUUUUACAUGAAUAUUGUAAUUCUGUUAUCCACCCAAAAAUUAUACGUAUUAUGUCAAAAUCUGUUCAUUUUAGUUUAAAUUGAAAUUUGCCAGCAAUUUGUAAAUCGUAAUCAUCUGGGGGGAUAGUAAUUUUUUUAUUAGUUUUUACUGCAGCUUAUUAGGUGUAUUUACGAGAUUGUGAUACAAUAACCCAGCCAAAUGCCAGAGCAGACAUGCUAAUUAGGUGAAUGAGAAUUUUUUUGCACGGAAACUCAGAAUGUGGCGAAAUGUGUACCUGUACAAAUUAAUGUUAUAUAGUUCCUUGUGAAAUGGCAAGGCGUUAAAGGUGUGCUGUGGUUGUUAUGGGAAUUUGACUGAGUGCAGAAAAGCUGGAUGAGUUUUUCUUGAACUUGCUACUGUGAUAAAGGUUAUAAAAUAAGGCUGCAAAAAGUAUGGUGUCUAAAAUAGCUUAGUUGACUUUAGAUUUGGGUUUACUGACUUUGUAAGAACUUAUGAGCAAUGUGUGAAGAGUUGAUUGAUGACUUUUUUUUCUUUUAUGCUUGUGAUAUGAUUAAAACCUUUUGUGUUUUCACAAGAACUCAAUAAAAUUUCUUUGAAAGAA